AGGUGCCGCUGAGGGCUUCUAGGAAUUCAUGUUGACACAUUCACAUGUUGCGCCAUAUUAAAUAACCACUAAGCGACACAUUCCGUUUCCGCCUUUCUUCAUAAACACACCGGAAACAAGAAAAUGACGGUCCCCUACGGCGAGGCUCCGCCGCUGUAUGGUGAGGACGAGGACGAAAUCGUCGCCGUAGAAGACGCGGAGCGGGACGAGUACACGGACGUUGCACAGCAGCGGAAAAAGGAAAGAAUAGAACGCGAGCAAAACGAGGACAACAGCAACAAAAAAACCGACGUAAAGUUGAAAUUCCUGCAACCGAAGAAGGAAAAGAGGUUUAAGCUUUACUUCAAAUACGAGGGGAGACGGGGCCCCCAGUGCUACCUGAAAAUCAGGCUGCCGAAGCACGGCGGGUAUGAGGACGGACCCUCGGUCGGGAUAAAACGGUUUUUUGUCUCGCAAUACAACAAACUCCGCGAAAUGCUCUCGGAGCACGGCUGCCACUUGAGGUCGGAAUUGGGGAUUGCAAUACCUGACCAGGACGCGAUCAGUGGCUACGUUGGGUACGGAGGCCUGGUAAACAUUAACAUGGGUUUUUGAUGGUCGUACGCAGCUGCAGGUGAGCAGGCAGCCUGAAAGAUUAGAGCGCGUCAUAGUAUUCGAACAAAACCACAUGAGUGGAUACGGUGCUUCAAAUUUAAGUUGAAAUUGGAUAUCUUUAUCGAUGCUAUGCCUAUGGAUUCCGAAGAGGAGUUUGUGAUGUUGUGUGUAUACUCCAUAAAUUCUCUCACAAUACAGCUCUACGUCGUGGACGGUUCCGGUCCGACGAAAGGGCAGGAGAACGACGUGUAUUUCUGGGGCCACUCCACCUUCUCCGGGUCCCAGGGCGACGCCCCCGGGCGGAUGCUGACGCUGUCCCACAAGCGCGUCGCCCAAGUGUCCGUCGGCACCGAGCACGCGGGGAUCGUCACCGAGGGCGGCCGGGUGUUCACCUGGGGGAAAAACGACUUCGGGCAACUCGGCACCGGGGACGAAAAAGACCGACCGCUGCCAAUUCUCGCCGAGGUCCCGUACGAGGUCUACGUGUCGCAGAUCGCCUGCGGGGGCCGGUACACGCUCGCGCUGGAGAAGAAGGGCAACUUGUGGUCCUGGGGCCGGUUUCAGGCCAGCAAUUUUCCGAGAAAUUUCGUCGACAGCUGGUGCAACGGGUACGAAUCCAAGGGGGAAGAGGGCCUGAAGGGGCAGAAGCUGGUGAAAAUAGCCGCGGGCGACAUGCACAUGGCGGCGCUGACCAAAGAGGGAAAGCUGUUCACCUGGGGCUAUAACGACUACGGCCAGCUCGGCUGGGGCUUGAGCGGUAAGGACAGAACCGGGCAACAGAAGCCGACACAGGUAUAAACGAUUGUGCUCAAUUUAUUUCGAGUGUAGUUGCCGCUGGUAGAAAAAGUUCGUGUACUUGCCGCUACUAGGGGAUCGAGGAGGACCAAGAACUGCAUGUGUCUUGUUAAUCACUAAGAAGUACAGCGAGCAAUGACAAUGUGGACAAAAUUUUGAUUUGAUAUUUGCACAUUCAAUUUUGUUAGAACCGCAACUGAUUGUGAUUCAUCGAUUCAGGUGAAAGGUCUGCUGGAGAGCGAAACCAUCCGGGAUGUUGCCUGCGGUGGGGCACACACAAUAGCAAUCACAACCGCGAACCGGGUUUUUGGGUGGGGAUCAAACGUCGCCGGGCAGAUUGGACACGGACUUAGACAGGUACUACUAUUAUGAUUCAGUUAUGCUUCGUGUCUACGUAACGCAAACGCAUUUUGUUUGCUGUUGUAGUUCGGUGACGGCACGGGUCAAUUAUGCCUGUGCUGUAUCGACGCAACAGCGUCGAAAACAAAAACUGAAGCCAACCCACACGUCGAAAAUACAGGUCUUCAGCGAGCCGCAGGAGGUACCCCUAGGCGACCCCAUCGCCAACGCUUCUGCUGGCUGGAUGUGCACGGUGUUCAUCACGACAGAAAGAAAACCUAUCAUCUGUGGGGGCGUCAACAGCGAGGGACCGAGUGUCACGAAGGAAAACGAAGAGGAAGCGGGGAAGGAAGGUAUAGGAUGAAUACGAUAUUUUUCCUUCCAGUUGUUCCCUACGGUUUUCGGAUUUGCUUCGUCGUGUUGCCAGGUGUAGGAUCUCCACCGUUGGUUCUUUGCGUACAGUCUGAGUGACUCUGCUGCGCUUACCAUGGUGAGCCCGAGGGCGUGAAACUCAUGUCGAAAGCGACGCACAUGAGGACGAGCAACAGGAAAAUCAAUAUCAACUACAGGCGAUGACAACGGUACUGCCGAGAAAAAGUCCCCCGAAGACCUCGCAAAGGCGAAGGACUUGAUGUCGCAGCAGCUGCUACAGAAACUCUCCGGCGGCGCGGACAUGGGCAUCACGGAAAAAGUCCAGACCGCCGCCGUUGGGGAGGCGCACGGUUUGCUUGUCUUGGAGGAGACCGGCGCGGUCUCCGGGUGGGGCUACAACCGGCUGAAACAGUGCUUGGGCGAAGAGUCCAAAGAGACCUUUGUGAAGAAGCCCACCCCGCUAAACACGAUCGACCUCAGCCAGUACAAGGGCUUCCAGGUCGGCUGUGGCGGCGCGCAGUCCUACGCCAUUUUAAUGCCGAAAACCACCACCUGCCAACCCAUGCGGUAUGGGUGAUGAAGGGAGAUGGAGGAGCCCGGUUCUCAUCUCCGACUGCUCUGACUGGUGCGGAAGUUGUAAACAAAAAGAAACCCGCCAUGCUAGCCCAGCAGAAACAAAAACCUAUGAAUCUUUUCUUCUUAAUACAGAGACCUGACAGCGACACCGACGACACGAAAGCAAAAACUACUGCGCG